AUGGAUGCCCAACCGUUGACUCUCUCCGAAUCCCACAAGAUCCACUCAUCUAUUGAGUCUACACCGACAUCUUCACCGGCUAGCCCGGAUGUCCGCAGCAGUGCGGGAACAUGGUCACUGAAGCGACUCCUCAGCGGACGAGGUAGCCGGAGAUAUCGUGUCCUGGAACGAGAGCCGAAUCGGCUGCGGAAACGUGUCAGUCAGUGA